CGCAAGUCGGCGAAAUUUCCUGCCUCUAAACGGGUGUUCAAGAAUGUAUAUAAGUACCCGGCAGCUCGGUAUGCGCUUAGCCAUUCAGUCCAAUUCUAGUCACCAUUCGCACCAUGAAACUCACCGCCGUCCUUCUGGUGGUGGCCGUAUCGGUGGCCACCAACGCAGCUCCGUCUCCGGCGGCCGUGAAGAAAAAUACCGUUGGAGAUCUGAUCGCCGUCGUCAACGAGUAUGCUCCGCUGUUUGAAGCGCUUAGCGAAGAGAAGGAUCAGCUGCUGCAGUUCGCCCGCACUGGCCUGUUCGCCACGUACCGCCACAUGAACGAAGAUCUGCUGAAGAACUUGGGUGAAGCUCGCAAUGCCAUCGAGUACGGAUUCGAUGAGAUCCGCACCAAGAUCGCCGCCAAAAUGCUCGACGGUGGCGAUGAGGAAUGUCUGCUGAAUCUGGUUAGGCAGAUCGUUGAUGAACAGCGUGCCCUGGCCGCUGCGAUGAGUCUCUGCUCGUCCUUCACCACCGACGCCAAGGACGAUCUGUCGUACUCAUUCUACGAAAUGCUGGAACUUCUGCAGCGCCUGUCCACCGCUUUGAGCGAGUACGUCCUGUGGUCGUUUGCCACGCACAACUCCGUCAACGACCCGGAAGAUCACGCCGAGUACCUGCGCCGUACCUAUCAGGAAUCGGUCGACUUGUGGGAACAGCAGGUCGCCCCGUUGGUGCAGUUCCAGCUGGACGCCAUGGAGUACAACAAGCCGCUGAUCGUGGCCGAGAACCAGGGCUGCCUGGACAAGCUGGUCGAACAGGUGGACAUCUUCAACGAGUACAUCUACGGACAGUUCGAAUACUGUGCGGCUCCGUGGAAGGCCGCCAAGCCCUGAAGAGUGCUGCUGUGACGAAGAAUUUCAGUUUUUAGAUUAUCAUACGAUAAGAGUAAAGUGCGGUCUCUGCUACUGAGUACGAA